GCCGUCUCGACAGUGGAAAGUCUGCACACACAUUUGCAAUACGUCUUUACCUUCACACCUCUAUUAGAAACUCACCAUACGCACCCCCUCCAACACAUACAACUUCCUCCCACAACCACAAACAUUUCCCUUAAAAUCACACGACACCUACUCCUUCAACCCUUCCGUCAUCCCAAACCUCACCAUGCCGACAACCGUCCACGCCCUAAUCCUAACCCACAUCGCCCGCCACGGACAUCUCACCCGCCCCACCGCGCUGGAAAUGCACGACACUUCCGUCCGCGCCGCCGGAGCAGCAGCUUACUACGACUCCCGCGGCCUGGACGGGACGGAGCUGGCGUACGAUGUUGUGGGGCGGGCGCUGAGGGCGGAAGUUCACGCGCCUUCGCCUAGACGGCUGUGGGGGAGAGGGUGGAUGGAGAGGAUGGAGGGACUGGUGGACAGUGGGGUGCCGCGCGAUUGGUUGGAGCAGGAAUGGGAUGAGAGAGAUUUUGAUCUCGAUAUUGAGGCGAUUAUGGCCGAGUUUCUCAGUGAGGUUGUGGGGGAGGAAGGGGAUCAUGGAUGCUGUAGGAAGCUCACGGCGGCAUGUCUGUGUGGUGAUUGCGUGCGGGAGCGUCCCACCGUCGUUAUCGAGGACGAAACGACUCAUCGCCGCUCUCGCGAGCCGAUAGCGACGACGGAUGGUGGGGAGCGUGACAGCUGCAGCCGUGCGAGUCCACCAUCCCAAUGCGAUACAUCGGUCGUUCCUGGGGUCCCAUCGGCGCCACAGUACCGUAUGCAGCCGCAAUACGAGAGGGAUGCCGACUUCGGGUUGGAGGAGGGGUUUGACUUGCCGCCGGCGGAGGAGUGGGAGGAGUAUGACGCUGACGACGAGAGUGAACCGGAUGAAGAAGUGCUGGAAGCAAUGGAGUAUGAGAGGGUGUUGGAGGAAGGCUUGAGUGGAGCGGAGUCCGACGUUCAGCCGGAAGAGGAGGACGAGGAGUUCGGUUGGAGGGCCGAAGAUGAAGAUGAUAAUGAAGAUGAGGUCCACGUUCCCCACCCGGAUCGAACCUCGAAAGUCCUCCUCCGCCCUAUAGCAGCAAAAGGACUACCGACCUGCCGCUGCAUCCUAGGCAGAGCCGCCCGAUCUCUGGACUGGAUUAACAUAAUCCUCAGCUACCUCCUUAUAAUCCUCGUAUACAUCCUCGUCCUUUUCGGCUCUACCUUUAUCGGAUUAGUGCUCGCCUUGCUCUGGAUAGGCGUUCUAGCGCAGGACGUCGGCUUCGUGGUGAUUGUGAUGGUGUGCACGGGCAUCGGCUUUGCGGCCGGUUGUGGCGCUGUACAUGUGCAGUUGCGGCGGCCAUUAUGGGUUUGAAUGUGUGAGAUGGCACAUUCCCAAUGAUACCGCACCGUGUGAACGUGAGGAGAAUGCUAUGAGGACGCAGCGCUACUUGAUUAUGACGUUGGGAUACCCAGCAGACGGCCUGGUCGUCGGAGCUACUCGGCAGAUGUCCAAGGCAAUCGCGCAAC